CUGGGAGCAGACUGUGGGUCACAUGACUUCGCCGGCAGUUCCGGGUUUGCGCAGUGAUGACGUCUUAUCCCGGCGCCAUCUUACUUAAGGGAAAAGGAAAGGGCAGCCAAUAGGAGAGCGUGUUACUGGAAGGUGCAGAGCCACGUGAGGACAACCGGCAGCCACAAUGGUGAGUCCCUACCGGUGUAUAGAGCGCUAUUUACUAAGAAUAUUAUCCACAUACACGGCUAUCAAUCCCCCAUACACGCAGGGGCUUCACCCCCAUACACACAGGGCAUCAUCACCCCCCCAUACACACACAGGGCUAUCACCCCUCCCAUACACACAGGGCUAUCACCCCACAGGCCAUCACCCCCCAUACACCACAGGGCUAUCACCCCUUCCCCAUACACACACAGGGGGCUAUCACCCCCUAUACACACAGGGCUAUCACCCCCUAUACACACAGGGCUAUCACCCCUUCCCCCCAUACACACAGGGCUAUCACCCCUUCCCCCAUACACACAGGGCUAUACCCCCUUCCCAUCCAGGGCUAUCAACCCCUUCCCCAUACACACAGGGGCUAUCACACCCCUUCCCCAGCACACAGGGCUGUCACCCCUUCCCCCAUACACACAGGGCUAUCACCCCAUAAUUACCUUCAAAAUGUAACUAUUAUUAACUUAUCAUGGCAGUAUCUCUUAAUAUAGCACCGAAUAUUAAACAGGAUAUAUUGAAAGGGUUAAACCAUUUAAAACCUCCCCGUGUUGUUAACGAUUAUUCUGCAUAUGUGAAUCAGGAACGGGUUAACUGGUUUUACCGCUAAUACACAUGGCAAUCAUUUAUUCUAGAUCGGAUAUUGGUAGGUUACUCAUUACAUUAAUAGUGGGUAUUAUCAUUUAUUGUAGAUCGGAUAUUGGUAGGUUACCAAUUACAUUAAUAGUGGGUAUUAUCAUUUAUUCUAGAUCGGAUAUUGGUAGGUUACUCAUUACAUUUAUUCUAGAUCGGAUAUUGGUAGGUUACUCAUUACAUUAAUAGUGGGUAUUAUCAUUUAUUGUAGAUCGGAUAUUGGUAGGUUACCAAUUACAUUAAUAGUGGGUAUUAUCAUUUAUUCUAGAUCGGAUAUUGGUAGGUUACCAAUUACAUUAAUAGUGGGUAUUAUCAUUUAUUGUAGAUCGGAUAUUGGUAGGUUACCAAUUACAUUAAUAGUGGGUAUUAUCAUUUAUUCUAGAUCGGAUAUUGGUAGGUUACUAAUUACAUUAAUAGUGGGUAUUAUCAUUUAUUCUAGAUCGGAUAUUGGUAGGUUACUCAUUACAUUUAUUCUAGAUCGGAUAUUGGUAGGUUACUCAUUACAUUAAUAGUGGGUAUUAUCAUUUAUUGUAGAUCGGAUAUUGGUAGGUUACCAAUUACAUUAAUAGUGGGUAUUAUCAUUUAUUCUAGAUCGGAUAUUGGUAGGUUACUAAUUACAUUAAUAGUGGGUAUUAUCAUUUAUUGUAGAUCGGAUAUUGGUAGGUUACCAAUUACAUUAAUAGUGGGUAUUACAUUUAUUUAUCGGAUAUUGGUAGGUUACUCAUUACAUUAAUAGUGGGUAUUAUCAUUUAUUCUAGAUCGGAUAUUGGUAGGUUACUCAUUACAUUAAUAGUGGGUAUUAUCAUUUAUUCUAGAUCGGAUAUUGGUAGGUUACCAAUUACAUUAAUAGUGGGUAUUAUCAUUUAUUCUAGAUCGGAUAUUGGUAGGUUACCAAUUACAUUAGAUCGGAUACGUAGUUACCUAUUACAUUUAUUCUAGAUUUGGAUAUUGUAGAAGUUACUAAUUAAGUAUUAAUAGUGGGUAUUAUCAUUUAUUCUAGAUCGGAUAUUGGUAGGUUACUCAUUACAUUAAUAGUGGGUAUUAUCAUUUAUUCUAGAUCGGAUAUUGGUAGGUUACUCAUUACAUUAAUAGUGGGUAUUAUCAUUUAUUCUAGAUCGGAUAUUGGUAGGUUACUAAUUACAUUAAUAGUGGGUAUUAUCAUUUAUUCUAGAUCGGAUAUUGGUAGGUUACUCAUUACAUUAAUAGUGGGUAUUAUCAUUUAUUCUAGAUCGGAUAUUGGUAGGUUACUAAUUACAUUAAUAGUGGGUAUUAUCAUUUAUUCUAGAUCGGAUAUUGGUAGGUUACUCAUUACAUUAAUAGUGGGUAUUAUCAUUUAUUCUAGAUCGGAUAUUGGUAGGUUACUAAUUACAUUAAUAGUGGGUAUUAUCAUUUAUUCUAAAUCGGAUAUUGGUAGGUUACUAAUUACAUUAAUAGUGGGUAUUAUCAUUUAUUCUAGAUCGGAUAUUGGUAGGUUACUAAUUACAUUAAUAGUGGGUAUUAUCAUUUAUUCUAGAUCGGAUAUUGGUAGGUUACUAAUUACAUUAAUAGUGGGUAUUAUUAUUCCCGGUUGUACUGGCAUCUCUAGUAUCUCGUUUCUACACAGUGACUAAUACGGCUUUUUUUCUGUGUAGUUCCACAUGUAGCAGGAAUGGUAAAGAAUAAAAAUGGGGAUAGAGACAAAAAUUAGAAAUGAAGAGGAGGAUGAAUAAAAUGGAAUAUGGAUACUAUAGUUCUGUAUUCAUAAAUCUUUUUAUAUUCUCAAAAAUCUAUUUGAAGAAUUCUUUCUACUGGGAAUUGUAUAAAUGAUGCUAGACCAUUUUAGGACAGGGAUUUCCAAGUAUAUUGUAUUGAGAUGAAUAUAGUAUAAUGCAUGAGGAGAGAGGGAUGAUGUAUCGCCCACAUUUAAUGACUUCUAAUAUAAAGUUGUGACAAACCUAGCCACUUCAGACUAUUCCUUUAUAUAUCUAAUGGUUGUCCAAGAAAGGCUGUUUAACCUGUGUUGUUUUAUGUGUUCGCUUAAGAAGGUGCUAGAGAGCGUUCGUAUCAUAUGGUAGUUUCACGAACAGUGACUUUCAACAAGUACCGAAUGUGAGACCACACCGAGGAGGUCGUGUGGCUCCUAUUAACAGAUUGCAACAAUGUAUCGUUCCUCGGUUAAUUGAUUUGCAGGGUGGCCGCCGUUAAGAUAGCAACCACGUGGUGGCAGCCUUCUUGGAUUCACUUUUAGCCCAGCGGUGUUUGGUCGUCGAGUGCCUGGAACUAAAAUCGGCUACUCGACAGCAUGAACACCGCUAGACUUCCAGACUGUUUGGGAACACCGGUCUUUCAGUACUUUCCCUCAAACUGUGCAUUCGUGUCUUUUCUGAUGAGUUUAUAUUAAAGUGUAUUUCGUGUUGCAUUCGGCUAAUUAUGCUGGGAUCUGAGCGGUAGUUUCCUGAAGUAUGCGCUCAGAUCCCAGCUAUCUACCUAUGUCAUUCGGUAUAAUAGCACGAAUAACGUGCAAGUUAUAUGGCCUGGUUCUGCUGUACGGAGGGAUAAUCCACUUAACAGGAUAUUGUCGUGGGAGUAUCCCUCUCUUACAGCAGUGCAUGGUGGGAGAAAUGUCCUGUAUGUUCAGUUCCCCAUGUAGUCCCCUACUGUACAACCCCUGUAAAGUGACUAAGGUAACCCCUUGCAUGGGGAAUCGCAUAAAUACUGGAGCUUGUGAAUAACAUCGUCAGUUGACUCCCAGAACUGUUUCGUCCGGUUACUGGGGGAUUUGGGAUAUUGCCUUCAUUCAGCGCUUUACUUGGAUUACUUUCUGUACCAGCGGAGAUCUUGGGAUUUAACAUCGCAGCUCCGCUACAAAAGUCAUAUAUGAUUCUUAUUGUGUGUGUGUUGAAUCUGUCUUAGGCAAAAAAAUAUUUUGAAUGGUUUCUUCUUUCCAAGAGAGAACCUCAUUGCUCAUACUUGCUAAAUGGGUUCUUCUCCCAGGAUUGUCGUAGAUGCUGUGGGAUUCUUCCCAUGUUGUACUUUACAGUGAUUCCGUAUUUAUUCAAGGUGAUAUUACUGAUGUCUAAGAAAUGGGCCAAUUAUACGUGUUUUUUACCCCCAAAAAUGGUACAGUUCAAAUUCUGCGUUUAAACCAUGCGGUUGUAGGGUAUUUAAAUUGUAAAUCCUUUUCAUUUCUUGGACGCCCAAUUGCUUCAUGUGGUCUCCACCUCUCCAAUGCUUCUUUACUUUACAUAUAGCAUUAAAGUUUAAAAGGCUCAUCCGCUUUAUGGUACUGUGCAAAGUGAGCCGAUACUGUAUUAUUAAUAUUUAGCAUGCACAGACAUUACUGGACUGUUUAAGAAUUAGUCUGGUGCAUCCAUCAAAUCUGUUACUUCUCACUUUAUUUAUUUAUAGCCAAAUUGCUGAAAUAUUUUGUACAGAUAAUUUUAUAAAUAACACGGCACUUAAACCCAUCUAUCACUGUAUAUAUUAUAUAUUGACUGGACUUACCUCCAACCCUGGACCCUCUGUACUACUUACCUCCAACCCUGGACCCUCUAUACCACUUUCCUCCAACCCUGGACCCUCUAUGCCACUUUCCUCCAACCCUGGACCCUCUAUGCCACUUUCCUCCAACCCUGGACCCUCUAUGCCACUUUCCUCCAACCCUGGACCCUCUAUGCCACUUUCCUCCAACCCUGGACCCGCUAUGCCACUUUCCUCCAACCCUGGACCCGCUAUGCCACUUUCCUCCAACCCUGGACCCGCUAUGCCACUUUCCUCCAACCCUGGACCCGCUAUGCCACUUUCCUUCAACCCUGGACCCGCUAUGCCACUUUCCUCCAACCCUGGACCCGCUAUGCCACUUACCUCUUGUCUAACUGUUGUAGGACUCUUUUAUAUACUACUUACCUCUAGUCGGAGUGUUUCAGGAAGGGUAAUGUAACUAGACUGUGUACAGCUCCGCAGGGAAGCCCGGCUCCGCAGGGAGUAUCUCUACAAGAAAGCCCAGGAGGCCAAGCUGCACAGCAUUGAGGACAAGAAGCAGCGGUUGAAGCGAGCUCUAGAAGGUUAGUGAUUGGGUAGACCAUACCGGGGGUAGUAUAGAAUAAUCUGUUACAUUUCUCCCUUUUAUAAUACUACAUAGCGCUGCCGACUACGUUGGCGCUUUAUAAAUGGCAAUAAUUAUAAUCCGACCUGUCCGUUCUGUUUCUUGUUCCAGAGAACCGUCUGAUUCCCACCGAGAUCCGGAAAGAGGCUCUCUCCUUACAGCAGCAGAUAGAGUUCGAUGAUCAAGGCCAGGAAGGUGAAUAUUAUCAGGUGCUAUCGUAGAUUAGAUUUGGGGCUGAUACUGGAGUGUACAGACACCCGGUCCUGUUACUUCCUGCUUUGUUUUGCUUAGUACAUUUUAAACUCAAGAGGCAACAAUUGCCCAGAGCACCUGCUUGCAAAGACUUAUCAUUAUUAAACGAUACUGAUUUUGUAUUUGGGCAGUAGUGCAUCCCUUUAAUAGUGCAUUAAUGUAACCCUUAAACAAAAGUUCGUGUUUUUAGGUUCAAACAUUUCUGAAUCCUUUAGGUAUUUCCUCUCAUGUGGACAAUGAAUACAAGUGGGCUGGUGUGGAGGACCCCAAAAUCAUGAUUACAACAUCCAGGGAUCCAAGUUCUCGUCUGAAAAUGUUCGCGAAGGUACGGAUUGCAGACUCUGUGCUGACAUUUAUUCCUCCCUGUUAAUGGCACUGAACAUCUCAAUAUAACACCCACCGUCUUCUCACUUCUACACAAAUCAUCUCAAGUCCUUACACCCCAUUUAUCCAUACUUUCCCUGGUGUUCAAUGUAAGAAACAGCGUUUACUUCAAAGGUGGCUAUAUCCUUUCCUGCAAUCCAUAAACCCGUUAUUAACAGGCUGUAUCUGCAGGAAGUAUUUUACUGUUUACUGUAAGAGUACCUGAAGUACAUUUCGUGCCGCCAUCUCCCAGAAUCCCUUUGUAAUGCUGUCUGUAUUAAUGGCCCCAUACAGCUCCGUAGUCACUGGGCUACCCCAGCUCUUCACCUCUAACCCCAGAAAUAAACUCCUUUCUAAUACAUCAUUGUAUAAGUCGUCACACGCAAGAUCCAACCCAUUCCUCAAAGUCCUUAUAGUGAGCAAUAACCAGCUGUAUUGCCCGGUCGUUGUAUGACCUUCGCAGGACGUGUUUUGUUAGUUUUCCCUUAAUCUUCAGCUGUCCAACUGGUUACACGUCCUGUCAAACACCGUAUUUUUAAGGUUUUCUUCUCCCUUUAUGUUAUAGAUGUGUGAAACUGGGCGCCUCCAUCUUGGCUCCCUGUCAGACAUUGUUAUAAGCUCCUCCCUUUGCGCCUGGCACUCAGCAUAGAGGGAGCAUACAGAGAAAAUGACACAAUGUCUCUAUUCCCUCCAUUUACAAUGUGUGCCCUGGCAGUGCCUUGUCUGAACUGGAUUGUGAGGUCAUUUGCUACAUUAUUAAGCCAGAACAGAACAUCUCAAGGUUAAGACAAGUUCUAUGGCAUCUGUGGUGUAAAUGGCUGUGCCCAGGUUAACAAUCAAUGGGACCCAUAGAGCGGUGAUCUGUUCUUACUGUCCUGUAACGGCUCAUUCCUUACAGGGUUGUUAGUGGAUGCAGUUUGGUGCUAUUCAGGAUGUGACAGAUUGUCUGUUUGUGUUUCUUUGUGUUCAUUGAUGUUUCUUACCCAAUCAGGAAAUAAAGCUGACUUUUCCAAAUGCACAGCGCAUGAACAGAGGAAAGCAUGAGGUUGGCGCCCUGGUACAGGCGUGCAAGGCUAAUGACGUCACAGACCUUUUAAUUGUGCACGAACACAGAGGGAUGCCAGGUCGGUUCUACAUUAAUAACCCAAUCCCCUUAAACAUCCAUCAGCGCCAAGGAUGCACCAAAUCUAAACAUGGUUUUAUUUCGAGAUCAAAUAUUCUGCUUAUUGAGUGCUUCCUCUCAGCCCAGGGGGACGCACUUGAUUUAAGGAAUUGCUUGAUUAUGUCUGUCGCUGGUGAUUUUAUCUGACUGCUAGGCCAUUGUUUGCUUCCCAGAUGGCCUCAUCGUGUGUCACCUUCCCUUCGGACCCACUGCAUACUUCACGCUCUGUAACGUGGUUAUGAGACAUGAUAUUCCUGAUCUCGGGACCAUGUCCGAAGCAUUCCCCCACCUCGUCUUCCACAACUUUACCUCCAGGCUGGGACAGAGGGUGCGUUAACCUGUGCUAAGUUCCGCUGUUGCAGUAACCGGAUGUUACUGUGCUGACUCUGUUUUACCUUUCAGGUAUCCGACAUCUUGAAAUACUUGUUUCCGGUUCCCAAAGAGGAAAGCAAGAGAGUGAUCACCUUUGCUAACCAAGAGGACUACAUCUCAUUUAGGUAUCUGCCAGUCACCGUUCUCUCUGGGACUUUGGUUGGGGUGUGUAGGGUAUAACUGAACAUCCCCAUUCUUUUUCCAGGCACCAUGUAUAUAAAAAGACUGAUCAUCGCAAUAUUGAGCUGUCUGAAGUGGGCCCCCGCUUUGAGAUGAAGUGUAAGUGUUUUUUAUGUGAUUUAAUACUGUCUGUAUCCCUCCUUCUCCAGACAUUCUCACGUUAAUCAAUAAUGUUUUCCAGUGUAUAUGAUCAAACUGGGCACCUUGGAGAACGAGAACACAGCCGAGGUGGAGUGGCGCUGGCAUCCGUACACAAACACGGCCAAGAAAAGGAAGUUCCUCAGCGUGGAAUAGUGUGUAUGUGGGCAUGCCAUGUAAAUAAAAGGUUUAUUUCUAAAUAGCGCGUCUUUC